GAGAGCGAGAGCGAGAGCAGCAUCCGGCAGACAGACAGAGAGGUGAUGGUGUGCUGUGUCUGUUUGCUUCCAGUCGGCGAAUGUGCUUGUGUCACGCUCGGAAAAGCUUACCAUGGAACCGGAGGGAGACAACCGGCUCCUGCAAGACGUGCUGGCGAGACCGGACAACGGGACGUGCGCGGACUGCGGGAACCCAGAGCCAGACUGGGCAUCACUGACACUGGGUGUGUUUGUUUGCCAGGCCUGCUCGCUCCUUCAUCGCAGCAUCCCGCACAUCAGCAGGGUCAAGUCCAUUCAAGACACGUGGGAGGCCAGUGAUGUGGAGGUUAUGGCCGAUUUGGGCAACACUGCUGCUAAAGCCAAAUAUGAGCAAAACGUUCCCGCUUUCUACUACAGACCAACGCAUACUGAUUGCAAAAUGCUCAGAGAGCAGUGGAUCAGAGCCAAGUACGAGAGGAAUGAAUUUGAGUUCAUAGAGAAGCAAGAAGCUUACACUGCAGGAUACCGCGAGGGGUUUCUAUGGAAACGAGGACGAGACAACGGUCAGUUUCUCAGCCGAAAGUUCAUCCUGUCCGAGAGGGAGGGAGCCCUGAAAUACUUCAACAAACAGGAUGCCAGGGAUCCCAAGGCGGUUAUGAAAAUCGAAACCCUCAAUGCCACCUUCCAGCCGGCCAAGAUUGGUAACCCCUGCGGUCUGCAGAUUACCUACCUGAAAGACAACAGCACAAGGAACAUCUUUGUCUACCACAGCGACGCUAAGGAGAUGGUCGACUGGUUCAAUGCAAUCAGAGCGGCCAGGUUCCACUACCUACAAGUGGCCUUCCCUGGAGCGGGUAAUGAGGAGCUGGUUCCAAAAUUGACCCGAAACUUCAUGAAGGAAGGCUUCAUGGAGAAAACCGGACCAAAGCACACCGAGGGCUUUAAGAAGAGGUGGUUCACAAUGGACGACAGACGACUAAUGUAUUUCAAAGACCCGUUGGACGCCUACGCCCGUGGCGAGGUGUUCAUCGGAAGUAAGGAGAACAGUUACACCGUUCUGCCCGGCCUGCCGCCGACCAUUCAGGGCUAUCACUGGAAUCACGGCAUCACCAUCGUCACCCCGGACAGAAAGUUCCUGUUCGCCUGCGAGACUGAAGCCGAGCAACGAGAUUGGAUCGCGGCUUUUCAGAGGGUCAUCAAUCGGCCGAUGAGGCCACAGGAAUACGCAGUGGAGGCUCAUUUUAAACACAAACCUUGAGGCCUUAAGAAAAGCAAGAAAUUCAUUCAGAUCAGCAACGAACGGUGUGACCACGGACAGCGGUUUGGAGGUAAAGGGGAGGGCAUUUCCAGGAGUGAUAAAGCACCAUCCAUGAGGAGAACUGAUGAGUAACAAUAGACUGUGUUUUUUUUUAACCUGUCAUGUAGACAUCUACCAUGGCACUCAAAGCUCCUGUAAGUGCUGUGAUAUCAACCAGUGAGUGAAUAGUAUACAGUGUAUCACAAAAGUGAGUACACCCCUCGCGUUUCUGCAGAUACGUAAGUAUAUCUGACAAAACAAC